AUGGCUCAGUCUGAAGAGAUCACACAUUUGAGGAUUUUGGUUACCGGAGCUGCUGGGUUUCUCGGAUCUCAUCUCGUCGACUUUUUGUUGAAGAAGGGACAUCAGGUCAUUGGCAUCGAUAGCUUUCAAACGGGAUCACCUGCAAACUUGGAGCAUUUAGAAAAGAACUCAAAGUUCAAAUUAAUCAGUCACAAUAUUCAAAUGCCACUCGAAGGACUGGGCCUCGAGAACAUCGAUCAAAUAUUCAACUUAGCCUGUCCUGCUAGUCCGAUCCACUACCAGAGAGAUCCAAUUUCUACUUUGAAGACGUGUUUCCAGGGUAUUGAGAACAUAUUGGAACUAGCUAAGGCCAAUAAAAUUUGCGUUCUCCACACCAGCACGUCGGAGGUAUAUGGUGACCCACAAGUUCAUCCUCAACCGGAAAGCUACUGGGGAAAUGUCAAUCCAUUCGGCGCUCGCUCCUGCUACGAUGAAGGCAAACGCGUAGCCGAAGCCCUCUGCUAUGCAUACCAGGAGAAAUACCCCGAUCUACAAAUUCGCAUCGCCCGUAUCUUCAACACUUAUGGCCCACGAAUGGCGCACAGUGAUGGCCGAGUCGUGUCCAGUUUUAUUGGCGAUGCGCUCGCUGGACAACCAAUUAAGAUCACUGGGGAUGGAACGGCUACCCGGUCAUUCCAGUACAUCACAGACUGUGUCGAAGGACUGUAUCGACUCAUGAACAGCGACUAUGCAGCUCCUGUGAAUAUUGGUAAUCCGGGCGAGUUCAAAAUUCGCGAGUUCGCUGAGAUUAUCGUGGACAUGGUCGCAGAAUUAGGAAUGCCCAGGGUGCCUAUUACUUAUUUGCCGCGACCUGCGGAUGACCCGAAUACCAGAAAACCGGAUAUCACAAGGGCGAAAGAGGUUUUGGGGUGGGAGCCUGAGGUGAAGUUGAAAGAUGGUCUAGUUGAGACUAUUAAGUGGCAUAUGGAGCAGAGCAGAUGA